AUGGCAAGCCACACUAAGCAUGCACGGUUGGGCCGCGUCUACUUCCCCGGGCGCCCGGGCGACUCGCCGCGCCAGCUGGGGCUGCUGGGCCUCACGGGAUGCUGCUGGAGAGUGAUCUUGUUCCCGUGGCAGAAAGAGGCCCGCGGUCGCUGUGGCAAUCUCGGCGCAGAGCAGUGCAGGAAUGGACUAGCGGGUUCUUUGGGCCUGGCUGCCGCCAUCGCACUUGCCCUUGGGUGGGCGGUCUCAGGGUGCCGGGUGCGCUCGAAGGUGGCGCAGUUGGGGCGUGUCCACGAGAUCGUCAACGAGCCGGAGUCCCAAGUGAGCAGUGUGGACUACUUCAACCCCACCUUUGUGGCGCCACAGCUGACGCCGAAACAGUAUGUAAAGGAUCGUGAUCUAGCUUUGCAGAAGGAUGUGCAGACAUGCAUUCGGGAGGUGUACACGGAGCUGAAGCAGCUUGGCGGGCUCACAGCUCUUAGUGUUGAUUUGGUUGGCGGAGGCUGUCAGGCAAUUUCCAGGAACUUCAAGAGCACCACCGGCCGGACCUUUGCCCUGGUGGACUCCGGCCUCUCCACGCCCCAGGACCUGGCCCUCGAUGGCGAGAGGGGCGCGUUAUACGUCGCUGACAGCGGUGCAAAGAAGAUCUACAGAUACCACGUGUAUGUGCAGGACAACGGUGGGUCGCUGGGUCUGACAACAGAUGGUGUGCAGCUUUGCAUCAUGCAGAACACGGACGCUUCUUGGGUCAACGUUGACCUCAAUGGCGACGUCUUCUACUCAGAUGCGACCUCCAAGAGCAUCAACAGGAUACCUGUGGACGUCAUCGACAUGCUGUCGAAGGGGCAGUAUGCGGCGAGCGAUCUCGUUCUCCUAUCUGAGAAAGCCCUCGUGACAGGAGGUGGGGCCGCUCCGGAAUCGGGAUCAGGGUCUCAUUUCGUCUACUCCGUCUACCAGGGCAGUGUGAAUCCACACGUUUCCACGCCUGCCGGUCUUGUUUCCGAUGGAGCCAGGAUCUAUUGGACCAACAUGGUCGACGGCAAGACAGCCGGCAGCAUCGUAGAGGGAGAGGUAUCUCCAAAGCUCCCGACAGCAAAGGCUGGCGAGCCCGCUGCUACUGCCUUCCCUUCGCGCGUCCUCACGAACGAGACUGAUGCCGGCUACGGGGUCACAAAGUCAAACAAGUACAUGUUCUACGCCGCUGACAAGAACGGUGUUGGUGUGGUCACUGGA